AUGACUUUUAAUUAUCAACAAAACCAAAACCAAGAUAGUCAACAAUUCCAACAAAUUACAAGUCUCGAUCAAGUUCUUCUUCAACCGAUUCAAAAUUCCGAUAUUUCUCAGCAACGCCCUCAAAAUCUAGCUCAACAAAGUUAUGGACAGCAAAUUCAGCAAGCUCAAAAUUACGUCCACCAGCAAAUUCAAAGUUAUGGACUUGAAGUUGCCAGUGGUAACCGUUAUACUCAAAAGGCUCCAUGUAAUUACACAAUUACAAUGGUAGCUUUUGAUUCAAAGUUAGUGGAUAAUAAGAGAACAUCGAUAGAACAACAACUUUUGAAUCAUUCUGUUCUCCUUGGUGAAACUGUUACCAUUUAUGUUGAAGGAAACAACAAAAUACAUUUGACUGGUAAUUACGUUCAAUUCCUUCAACUACCCUACGAAAAUGAUCCAGUGCCAAUAACAGUAAAUAAAGGCAAAUUAUCAAAGCCAGCAUCAUCACCAGCGUCACCAUCACUUACAACAUCAAAAUUUAAUGAGCCCGCUAAUCAAUCUAAUUGCUUAAAUGAUUUACCUGAAGUUGAACAAAUUCCAAAGGCACCACCACUUGCAAAAGAGAAAGUUAAUGGUGAAACAAAUGUCGAGAAUAGAAGUGAAGGAAUUGAAAAGGAAAAGAGAAAUUUAAAGAGGUCAAUUGAUGCCUUAAACACAAAUGAUUCAUCAAAUACUAAUAAUGAGGAUAUUGUUAUUAUUGAAAUUGAAGAUGAUGGUGAUGUUAAAAUGAAAAAUAACCCUGAUCAAUAUGAAAUGAUCGAAGAUUCCGACUCUUCAGAUUCAGAUUAUUUGUAUGAUAGUUCAGAUGAUGAUUCAAGCGAUAAUUCAGAUGAUGAACUAGGUGUUGAAACAAGCGAUCAUUCAAAUGAUGAUGACGUCAAAGUCAAAAGUUCAAAUGAUUUGGAUGAAAAAGACAAAAACGAUGAUAAUAUGAUAGUGAAAAUUGGUAAAAAGUCAAACUUACAAGCUGACGUAACGAAUAUAAGUCAAAACAUAAAUCAAAAGGAAAUUCAGGUGAAACAAGGACAAGCAAAUCCAACCAAUCAAAAGAAUAAUGAAAAAGAAAGCCCCGAUCAAAAACUCGCUGAUAAUAAAAAGCAAAAAAAGAAAAAAGGUGCACAAAAAAAGAAUGGUAAUUUGUCAACAAAUGAUGAGGAGAAAAAUGAAGCCGGUUCAUCUAAAUCGCCCAAAUCAUCUAAAUCACCCAAAUCACUCAAAUCGCCCAAAUCAUCUAAAUCACCCAAAUCAUCUAAAUCACCCAAAUUACCUAAAUCAACAAAUGAUAAAAGUUUAAAACGUCAAGAGGGAAAUACUAGAAAUGUUAAUGAUGUUUCAGUUAUUGAUAUUAAAAUUGGACAAGGAGAACAAGCCACUGCAGGAAAAACGGUCGGAGUUCGUUUUAUAGGACGUUUGAAUGCGAAUGGCCAUAUAUUUGAUUCAAAUAUGGUCGGAACGAAAUUGUUUUAUUUUACUUUGGGAAAAGGUCAAGUCAUUAGAGGUUGGGAUAUAGGAAUGAAUGGAAUGUGCGUUGGUGGUGAAAGGAAAUUAGUGGUUCCACCUGCACUUGCAUAUGCUGAUAAAGGUCUUCCUCCAAAAGUUCCUAAAAAUGCAACAUUAGAAUUUGAUGUAAAACUAAUGGAAAUUAAAUAA